AUGACCACCAUGAAAGGAAGCUGCUUCCUCACACUGCUCUUGGCAGGAUUUGGGGUGUUAGGAAUACUGGAGUCAACAACAACAGAAGAUACUCAUUGCCACAGAGCUGAGCACCCAAUUAUUGCAUAUAAAGAAAUUGCCCCUUGGCUAUACGUGUUCAAAGCAGAAGAUGCUGUGGACUUCUCGCAGUUAACAUUUGACCCAGGACAAAAAGAGCUUAUUGCUGGAGCAAGAAACUACCUCUUCAGAUUGAAGCUUGAGGAUCUCUCUCUAAUACAGGCAGUGGCGUGGCAAUGUGAUGAAGCUACUAAAAGAGCCUGUUACAGUAAAGGCAAAUCAAAGGAGGAAUGCCAGAACUAUAUUCGAGUGCUUCUUGUUGGGGGCAACCAUCUCUUUACCUGUGGAACCAACGCAUUCACUCCAAUCUGCACCAAUCGCACGUUAAGCAACUUGACAGAGAUACAUGACCAAAUCAGUGGCAUGGCUCGUUGUCCCUACAGUCCCCAGCACAACUCUACUGCUCUUCUCACUUCCAGUGGAGAAUUAUAUGCUGCUACAGCCAUGGAUUUUCCAGGAAGGGAUCCUGCUAUUUAUCGAAGUUUGGGGGCCCUUCCUCCUCUCCGAACUGCCCAGUACAACUCCAAGUGGCUGAAUGAACCAAAUUUUGUGUCAUCUUAUGACAUUGGGAACUUCACCUACUUCUUCUUCCGGGAAAAUGCAGUGGAACAUGACUGUGGGAAAACAGUUUUCUCUCGUGCUGCUCGGGUGUGCAAAAAUGAUAUUGGUGGCAAGUUUGUGCUAGAGGAUACCUGGACUACCUUCAUGAAAGCUCGUCUGAACUGCUCUCGCCCUGGAGAAAUUCCAUUUUACUAUAAUGAACUUCAGAGCACUUUCUUCCUGCCAGAACUGGACUUGAUCUAUGGGAUUUUUACCACUAAUGUGAACAGCAUAGCAGCCUCAGCAGUUUGUGUUUUCAAUCUGAGUGCCAUAACUCAGGCCUUUAAUGGACCCUUCAAAUACCAGGAGAACUCUCGCUCUGCUUGGCUUCCAUACCCCAAUCCUAACCCUAAUUUUCAGUGUGGCACCAUGGACCAGGGUUUGUAUGUAAAUCUGACUGAGAGAAAUCUUCAAGAUGCACAAAAAUUCUUCUUAAUGCAUGAGGUUGUUCAACCAGUUAUUCCAAUUCCUUACUUCAUGGAAGACAACAGCCGAUUUUCCCACGUGGUUGUGGAUGUUGUGCAGGGCAAGGACAUGCUUUUCCAUAUCAUCUAUCUUGCCACAGACUAUGGCACCAUUAAGAAAGUACUUGCUCCAAUGAACCAGACUUCAAGCAGCUGCCUGCUCGAGGAAAUUGAACUCCUGCCGAAAAGUCAGCGAGAGCCCAUCAGGAGCCUUCAGAUCCUGCACAGCCAGAGUGUCCUUUUUGUGGGCCUUCAGGAACAUGUGAUUAAGGUCCCCCUGAAGAGAUGUCUCUUUUACAAAACAUACAGUGCGUGCAUUGGAUCCCAAGACCCUUAUUGUGGCUGGGACAUGGUAAUGAAGAAAUGCACAACGCUGGAAGAAAGUCUGAGCAUGAGUCAAUGGGAGCAAAGCAUUACCGUGUGUCCAAUGAGAAAUCUGACAGUGGAUGGACAUUUUGGAACGUGGUCACAGUGGAAACCUUGCACCCACACUGACGGUGCCAGUGUUGGCUCCUGCCUCUGCAGGACACGUGUGUGUGACAGUCCUGCUCCUCAAUGUGGAGGAUGGCUGUGUGAAGGACCAACCAUAGAGAUUGCCAACUGUUCCAGAAAUGGAGGCUGGACACCAUGGACUUCUUGGUCACCUUGUAGCACCACUUGUGGGAUAGGCUUCCAAGUUCGUCAACGUUCCUGCAGCAAUCCAACCCCUCGACAUGGAGGACGAGUCUGUGUGGGACAGAAUCGUGAAGAGAGAUACUGCAACGAGCAUUUGUUGUGCCCCCCUCACGUGUUUUGGACAGGCUGGGGGCCAUGGGAGCGCUGCACGGCUCAGUGUGGAGGAGGGAUCCAGGCACGGCGCAGGACAUGUGAAAAUGGUCCUGACUGUCCUGGCUGCAGCGUGGAAUAUCAGCCUUGUAACACCAACGCCUGCCCAGAGUUAAAAAAGACAACUCCUUGGACCCCCUGGACCCCGGUGAACAUUUCAGACAACGGCGGUCACUACGAGCAGCGUUUCCGAUACACCUGCAAGGCGCGGCUGCCCGACCCAAACCUGCUGGAGGUGGGACGGCAGCGCAUUGAGAUGCGCUACUGCUCCAGCGAUGGCACCAGCGGCUGCUCCACAGAUGGAUUGUCGGGGGACUUCUUGCGUGCUGGAAGAUACUCUGCUCAUACCAUCAAUGGUGCCUGGUCACCCUGGUCUCCGUGGUCUCAGUGCAGUCGUGACUGCAGUAGAGGUAUCCGGAACCGCAAACGGGUCUGCAGCAAUCCUGAGCCCAAAUAUGGGGGACUUCCUUGCCUUGGCCCAUCUCUAGAGUACCAGGAAUGCAACAUUUUGCCUUGCCCAGUGGAUGGAGGCUGGUCUUGUUGGUCGUCUUGGUCAAAGUGCUCAGCAACGUGUGGAGGAGGGCAUUACAUGAGAACCCGCUCCUGCACCAACCCGGCACCGGCGUACGGAGGGGAUAUCUGCCUUGGCCUGCACACCGAGGAGGCGCUCUGCAACACUCAGCCCUGUCCAGACAGCUGGUCCGAGUGGUCCGAGUGGUCUGACUGCGACUCAUCCGGCUCCCAGACCCGCACUCGACAGUGCAUCAUUUUGUUUCCUGUGGGCAGCCAGUGCACGGGCAACACCUCAGAGAGCCGAGCCUGUGCUGUGGACUCCAACUUUAUACCAGAAAUAUCUGUGGCAAGAUCCAGCAGCAUAGAAGAGAAACGAUGUGGCGAGUUCAACAUGUUCCACAUGAUUGCAGUGGGAUUAAGUAGCUCAAUCCUGGGUUGCCUUCUCACCCUGCUUGUUUACACGUACUGCCAGCGAUACCAGCAGCAGUCCCACGACGCGACUGUCAUCCACCCGGUGUCACCCGCCCCGCUCAACACCAGCAUCACCAACCACAUCAACAAACUGGACAAAUACGACUCUGUAGAAGCCAUCAAGGCAUUUAAUAAAAACAACCUGAUUCUAGAGGAGAGAAACAAAUACUUCAAUCCACAUCUUACUGCAAAGACUUAUUCUAAUACCUAUUUUACAGAUUUCAAUAAUUAUGAUGAGUACUAAUGGGCUUGUGUAUUUUUUGGCCUUCUGUAACUCCCCGGUCCCCAAGGCCUGUGCUACUCAAGUGCUCAUGUGAUUGAGGCUUCAGAGAAGAAGUUCAGAGACAUUUCAAGCACGAUCCAAGCCAUCAGUGUCCCAUUGCUGCCCAAACCGCC